UUAACAAACUUUUUGUGCUCUGCUUUUAGAACAGGAAAUGUGUGGGUAUCUUUGAAGGACAUACUUCCAAAGUGAACUGUCUCCUGGUUACUCAAACAAAUGGGAAGAAUGUAGCCCUCUACACUGGCUCUAGUGACCACACAAUCAACUGCUACAAUAUUAAGACCAGAGAGCGCAUGGAGCAAUUUAAAUUGGAUGACCGGGUGCUCUGUCUGCAUAGUAGAUGGCGAAUCCUGUAUGCAGGCCUGGCCAAUGGCAAUGUGGUCACUUUCACCAUAAAGAACAAUAAACAAAUUGAUACCUUUGAAUGCCAUGGCCCUAGAGCCGUCAGCUGUCUAGCCACAGCUCAGGAAGGAGCACGAAGGUUGUUGAUAGUAGGAUCCUAUGACUGUACUAUCAGUGUGCGGGAUGCUCGAAAUGGACUGCUUCUCCGAACUCUUGAAGGUCAUAGCAAAACAAUACUCUGUAUGAAGGUUGUGAACGAUUUGGUGUUCAGUGGCUCCAGUGAUCAAUCUGUCCAUGCCCACAAUAUACAUACAGGGGAGUUGGUACGAAUCUAUAAAGGCCAUAAUCAUGCUGUGACUGUUGUGAACAUCCUAGGGAAGGUGAUGGUGACUGCCUGCUUGGAUAAAUUCGUCCGUGUUUAUGAGCUGCAAUCUCAUGACCGUUUGCAAGUCUACGGAGGACACUCAGAUAUGAUCAUGUGUAUGACUAUUCAUAAGAGCAUGAUCUACACUGGCUGCUAUGAUGGCAGCGUCCAAGCUGUGCGGCUUAACCUGAUGCAAAAUUACCGUUGCUGGUGGCAUGGAUGUUCAUUGAUAUUUGGAGUUGUGGAUCAUCUGAAACAACACUUGCUGACCGAUCACACCAACCCACAUUUUCAGACCUUAAAAUGUCGCUGGAAGAACUGUGAUGCCUUCUUUACUUCCAAGAAAGGUUCCAAGCAGGAUGCUGCAGGACAUAUUGAAAGACAUGCCAAGGAUGACAGCAGAAUUGACUCAUGAAGCUUUUCACCUCCCAUAUUGGGAAGUAAUUUUAUACAUCAGAACUAUUCCAUACAUCAUCAACCUCUUACCCUGUCCUCUUUUCUCCUUUUCCUCCUUGGAAUGGAAAAAGGGAGUGAGGCCUACCUGCCUUCCUACAGAGACUGCACAUCACAUGCAACUCUGUAGAAAUGAGAGCAGCCCAUUAACACUCAGACCAAACAGAAGAUUUUUGUCCAGUUUUUAUUCAUCAGAAGACGCUAUGAACAUCUCUGCUUGUCUGCCCAUUUGAGUAAGUGCAUUCUGUGUAUCUACAAUUGGGCAUUCAGAAGGAUAGAUACUCUGAUUGAAAUAAAACUGUGCUGGCAUUCACACUCACCUUCAAAUGUGAAAGGAUUUAACGAAGGCGAGUAGUGUUCACCUGUCUGUUUCAUGUUGUAUUUAAAUCCCACACAUACUUUCAUUUUUUAGCCAAUUUUAAUAAAACAUUUCUAACUAGAAAGACACUAGUUCCACAGAAGGUUAACACUCAAUUUCCAGUACAAAUUUUGGCUAUCCUCAUAAAACUAUAUAGUAUUUUAAUGGGAAACAGGAAUAAAGUGGUUCCUUUUUUAAUGUUAACUGCAAUUUAUGUUUUGACAUUUUUAUUCUUUGUUUAAAGGUUGCUCUGAUAAAAAG